AUGCUGAGAAGGAGUUCGACACCUCAGUCAUCUUCCAAGAAUCCGAGAUUUUUCGGAAGCCUAACAAGAGUAAACCACUGCUACGUUUCAUCUCUGUCUUCACAGAAUGUCGCAAGAUCGCAAUCUGAACCAUAUAGAUUGGGCGACGAUGUGAUGAAAGCUAAGCUCAAAAUAGCAGAGCUGCCUUGUGUGUGGAAAAGCCCUUCUGUUACUCCAGCAUGUCACUGCCUCAGUACCCUGCACACAGGGUCCCGCCGUCUCAGACGUCGGACGGUAUGGGAAUUCGUGAGAGACGAUCAAAUCUCAGGUUGCUCACGACGUCUUCAACUGUGGAGCAAGGCGGCAAGUGUAUCGCUCGCAAUGGAGACUGUCUCAGAUUCUGUACUUAAAGCACCGGAACAGUGUCCACAGACGCUGACCUACAUCCCCUUCCGUCGCGAAAUGUAG